AUGUUUCUUGUAUCCCAUUCUUGGGCUCGUGUAUUAUUUGAUUCCGGUGCUUCUUAUUCAUUCAUUGCUUCAUCAUUUGCACGGGCAUUGGGUUUGGAGGUCAGUCAGUUAGACAGACAGCUUUGUGUUGACACGUCUAUCAGAGGUUCAGUUGCUUUUAGUAGAGCUUGUAGGAGUUGUUCCAUCACAAUUGCCGGACGUGUUCUUGAGUUCGAUCUCAUCUUUCUCGAGAUAACGGGAUUUGACGUCAUUCUUGGGAUGAACUGGUUGUCGUCCUUCAGAGCUGUCAUUGAUUGUUUCAGGGGCAGAGUUUUAGUGUGUACCCCAGAUGGGUAUUGUUUUUGUUUUAUGGGAGAUCGGUGUAAUCCUCUCACUCAUUCAUUCUAUGGUGUUAGGGGUCGGGAUCGGCAUACGUUCUUCUUGGCUAGCCUUUUCGCUGAUGAUGACGUUGAGUUUUAUGGGGUUGAUUAUCCAGCAGUUGUGCGCGAUUUUUUUGAUGUGUUUCCGGAGGACUUGACUGAGUUACCUUCACACCGAAAGGUGGAAUUUGCUAUUGAUUUUAUACCGGGACUCAGUUUACGUCUAUGA